AUGGCUGUGCAAGCGAGCGCCGGAGAUGUUGCAGCGGGGUAUGGCGCAGGAGCCGAUGAGGUCCUCCAGUCUCUGGGAGACUUGCGGGCGUACCUGGAGCUUCAGUUUGGGCAGCAGGCCAUUCUUCUUCAGGAGCUGCGCUCUGAAACGAAGGGCCGGCCUACCCUCAAGCGCGGCGAAUCUGUGGUCAGUGAGAUGACCACCCACGAUGGACCCCGGAAGGCUCGAAUGGAGUUGGCGCGUUCCCACUCCUCCCUGAAUCUGGAGAUCCCCGCACAGGCGGAGCACCCAGAGUUGGCAGCCAAAAAGGCAGCGGAUGGCAGCCCACGUGAGGCGCAGGUGGCUCGGGGCGCUAUGUCACCGGUUCAGCGAAGCUUAUCUCCCGCGGAGCUCAUGGCGACAGAGAGUCCAGGUGCUGCCGGCUCCUACACGUCCGCCUCCUUCACCAAGGGCGAUGUGGUAGAGCCUCGCAUUUCAGCAGACGAGGAGCCGAAGACGCCUGGGUUUCGAGCCACGAUUCUGCAGCGGCAUCUUCAGUCCAAGGAGGAGCUGGAGGAAAAGCGCUUUGGUUCCCGCUCAUCGCGGAUCUUUGAAGCCUCCAGUCAAAGUACGAGGAGGUUGCGGAACCUUACGAAGCGAGUCGUGGAAGCGGACGCUUUCCAUGUUAUGGUCCUUCUCCUCAUUGUCGCCAACGCCGUGUUGUUGGGCGUGGAAAUCGACGUCGCCUCCACGCUGCCGGAAUCCGAGAUCCCUUCCUGGUACGGCGUGGUCAACACCUUGAUCGUCGCCUUCUUCGUUCUGGAGAUUGCGAUGAAGUUCUUCGCCUACGGCUGCAGCGGCUUCUGGCGUGGACCCGGCUCAGGGUGGAACAUAUUUGAUUUCGUGAUCGUCGCCCUAUCUGCUGUGGAGACGGCUUUGGACCUUUUUGCGAAGACCAUUGCUUCUGAAAUGUUCGGCUCCGAUGCACUCUCGGUGGUGCGCACACUGCGACUCGCACGAGCACUGCGAGGAUUCCGAGCUUUCCGGUUGGUUCGACACUUCAGUGCAUUGAGGGCUUUGAUCCUUUCGAUUGUCAGCACGAUCGGCUCGCUUAUGUGGACCUUGGUGUUAUUAGUCAUCCUCUUCUACUCCUUCGGCGUCAUUCUGAUGCAGCUUGUGACCGACUACUGCCGCUAUCUGGCGAUUGAAACCGUCGGUGAUGUCAAUGCCAUUCCCGAUUGCCCAACUGAGCUCAGCCGUUUCUGGUCCAGCAUUCGCCAGAGCAUGCUCACGCUCUUCUUCUCCAUCACCAGCGGUAUCUCCUGGUCGGAGGCCAUGAACCCGUUGGAGGAUGUGUCUAUGCUGGCAGUCGCAACGAUGCUCGUGUACAUCACACUUAGCGUGUUUACCAUCCUCAAUGUCGUGACCGGUGUCUUUGUAAACACUGCUAUCGAGCGUGCGAGUGCAGACAAGGAGAUCGCCUCGCUGAAGGCGCUGCAGAAACGCAACGAGCAGAUGCAAGCCCUCCAGAGCGUUUUCGAAGAGAUGAACCAGGACCGGGGCUCCGAGGAGCUCAAGGUUGACGAUUUAGAGGCAGCCGUAAACGUCGACAAGCUGGACAACGUGCUGGAGUCGCUGGGCAUUUCCACGGAUGAUGUGAAGACCCUCUUCAGUCUCAUCGAUGCCGAUGGAAGCGGAUCGAUCGACCUCCAAGAGUUUGUUUCGGGCUGCAUGCAGCUCCACGGCCCAGCUAAGAGCAUGCAGAUGGCCAAGAUGAGCUACGAGAACAAGCGCAUUUCAUCGUCUAUAAAGACGCUGAUGAGCCAAGUCAAAGACAUGCAGCGGAAGAUGAACACGGUGUUGUCUAUGCGCACGGCUGUGCCUAUGACAAUCCCUGUGCACGACGAUGUGAUGUAUAUAUAG